UAAACAGGAAAGUAGAAGCAGUCCUGUCUUGCAGUUCCUUUUUAACACGUCAUUAUCAGCUUCUACUCGUCUAAGGUGUCAAUGUUUACCCUCCUCAUUUAGUGUAGUUUACUGUUCUCCGACAGCAGCACUGUUGUUUACUUAUCUACCAUUAUGGAUAAAUGGAAGCUGUGGUUUGUCCUUCUCCCCCUGUGUUUGUGUAUUAACACUGAAGAGGCUAUUGUGAAAACCAUCGGGAGUGGACCAGAUGUUACUUCAAUAUGCGCCGCCGCCACACUGCACAUCAUCACACUUAUAGUAUGUAAGAUCAGAACAGAGACGAGCGGGGGAGAGGGGUGUCGACUGCUGUAUCAACACGGACAAGACUUUGUGCACGAGUGUGACUCCAGGUUCACACUUAGGACUAAUAAUCAGACUAUGUUCCUCCACCUGACCAAUUUGACAACAGAGGAUAGUGGGAACUAUACCUGUGAGUGUUCACAUUUUCGUGGAACGGAUACUCUGCAUCUCAUCCUCACCGUGAAAGGAGAGAAAGAGGCCAGCAAUUCUCUGAAAAUGCUCAUUUAUACCGCUUUGAUUAGUAGUGGUACUGCUGUUGUCAUCAUAACUGGAGUCGUCCUUGGGUUUAUCCUGAGAAAACAGAGUUACAGAGACAAGACAAGGUCAGGACCAUCUGUAUUAUCUGUAAGCGAAUCCACCUGCUCUCUGGACAAAGAUGACCCAGAUAACACCUACACAAGCCUUCAACAGCCAGCAAGUGAUUUGUACCAGACUAUGUCCUCAGUGCCCCAUCAACACGGCAUCGUAAUAAAUUCAGAGACUGAUCCAAUUGGCGAAAUCUAUGAAAUUAUGGAAACCAAACGUCAAUAACAUGUCUAAUGUAUUCCUCUUUUCAUAAUAAAAUAAUAAAACGCUG